UGCCGAUUCACCUACAGCCUCCUGUCGUACAAUGCUUCCCCUCAGCAGUUUUCCGAAGGUUCCGAGACAGGAGAUGCUGAAGAUCGGGCAUCGGGCCUCCGCAUUGAAGAGCAGACGGGUUUCUUAUUGCUUGUCUAUUCGGCCAAUCGACUGCGUUUCUCGACUGCAGCCUCGGCAGCCGCCAACCAACGGGUCGGCAACCAAGUGUCGCUACAAGUGCUUGUUUCUAGCCAGGAAGCCCCUCCUGUCAGUCAUCUGCUAUACGCCUUGCAGAAUAGACCAGAUAAAGACGCUGUGGAAACGGGGCAAUGGAGGAGUAAAGUAGUUGUUAGUGUUACAAUCUACUUUGUCGCUUCGGCUGGUCAUCUCCCAGUUUUUGUCUCUACUGCCGGCCAGACCUGA